GGAGUCUGGAGCUCUGCUGUCCUUGGGGGUCUGAUGGGGACCACAGGGCUCUGGAGUUCCCCUGUCUUGGGGAGUGAGGGUGUCUGAUGGGGACCUGGAGGCAUCCUUCCUAUAGGAUCUGAUGGGGUGACACUGGGGAGCCUCCUGUCCAGGAGGGGGUCUGAAUGGGAGCAGGAUGGACUGCAGCUCUCCUGUCUGUGGGGUCUGAUGGGGAACAGGGGAAUCUGCAGUUGUCCUGUCUGUGGGGUCUGUUGGGGAACAGGAGGGUCUGCAGUUGUCCUGUCCGUGGGGAAUAGAACUGGCUGUCAGCUUAGGAAGAGCCUGAAGCCCCCCAGCCCAGAGGAGUCUGACUGGGCCUGACUCUGGCUACCUGCCCAUGGAGCCUGAAUCCCUCCUGCCCAGGGAAUGUGGCCAGGACCCUCUUGGCAUUGCCCCCAGGCCCUUGCUCACCAUGAGCCUCCAUUCGGCCCUGGCUCCAUUAAACCUCCUCCGAAGGGCCUGUCCCUGGCUGCUGUUCCUGUCAUGGCCGAGCCGUGACAGCCUGUCUGUGGCUGGCUCUGGCCUCCGGAGAGGGAGGUGUUUCUCUCCCGAGGAGAGCUGUUUAUGCCCAGUGAUUUUUUUUUUUUCUAUUUUUUUUUUUUUUAAUUUCUUUCCCCUCCCUCCGUGCUCUCCUGCGUAAGCCACAGCAGCAGCUCGGUGUCUGCCCAGCCCGGCAGUGUUACGGCACGGCUCUUAUGUAGGUGAAGCCCGGGAACGCUGCAAGGAUCAUGUGGAGCUCUCAGUCUCCUGAGCCCGGAGCUUUGAGCCUAUUUAUAGGAUGAAAUACUACACAAGUUACUGAGGCAGAGAGAAGGCAUCUUCCUUCACCCAUAACAUACUGAGGCACGAAGAACGAUGCUGAAAGCCAAGGUUUCUGGUUUGACCCUCCUCAUCAGAGCUCCUGAACGUGAAGAUUCCUGACUCACAGAAGCUGUCUGCUCGUGGCAGGCAAAAUUAUCAUUUCUUGCACUCACAGCUGAGGGUUUUGAUGGGGUUGGUGACCAGCUCUAGCACAGCACAGCUCCUUCUUCCUUUUCCUUCUCCUUUUCCUUCUUCAUCACCAGCUUGGAACCAGGAAUGGGUGAGACUUCUGCUGCUUCCCUCCUAACGAGGUUUUCUGUGUCUGCUCCACGUCCUCCUGCUGCAGCCAACGUGGAUCCGAAUGCCGUGGCUACAAAGGCUUGUCACUGUCUCAUGCUGGGUCCCUCACAUCCAAGAGCUACUUGGCAGUUUCCAAGGCAACCACCUGUGGAAUAAUUAAAAAGGAUGAAGUGUUAGCGUGCCAGAUAUAAGGAAUUCUUGCCUGGAGAGAGCGUUUCACUUUCUUCCGUCUUGAAGAGUCAAAACGUGCUUCUGCCAACGAAGUUAAGAAAAACAAACGGUGGCUGAUUUGCACAAGUGAACCAGGACGACGCAAAAUUUAAGUCGAAGAGGAAUGCUCAUUUUCCUGUUUUCUGUAAUUGCAGUCCAUUACUGUGAUCAUGGUUCAGCUGAUUGCUCCUUGGCCGAGGGUGCAUCCGGCGCUGUUUUCCCUCCGUGCUGGAAGGGUUGAUGAGUGUGAGAGGCAGACCCCACCUGACUGGGGUCGCUCUUGCUUUACACGUGGCCUUUGGAGUGCAGAUUCUGAGGACAAACCUGUCAGUAAUGAAUUGUUCCAGAAGUACACAGAGAAAGCUCUACAUGGUAGAGGCUGUGUUUUCUCAGGUACAGCACAUCUUGUCCCUCCUUGGUAUGAGUUAUUGCAAAUCAGGCCUUUCCUGCUCAAAGCUUUGAGGAGCUUUGAAAGUACAGAGAUAAAUGCAUUACGUGCCUGCAUAAUGGGUAAAUUGGAUGUUUCACUGGUGGGAAAUAAUUGCCUUCAUUUGGGGGCUCUUUGCCUGUUCCAGAGGAUUGUUCCCCAGAUCUCUUCACUUCAUAGCACUUCUCAGUGCAGCUAAACAAAGCACAGGAAGGAAUGUAAAGUACUUUUAUCAGUGUAGGAAUCCUGUUCAGUAAUGGUUUGUCAUUAUUUUCCUCCCAAAUGAUCCAAUUGUUUUUUUUUUCUUGCUGUUUAUAUCAAGCCACCACAGACCUUCUGAUGAUGUUAAAUUCCAGCUGUGGAGGCUUUGAUUGUUUCUUGCACGUUGCUCAUUUUAAGAUGACAGAAUUGUUCAGUGAGAGGAAUUCAAAUGGAAAAAUUGAGGCAGACAGGCCUGUGGGGAAGGUUGAGCCCUGUGUAAAAAUCCAGUAAAACUUGAGUAAGAACCUCAGAGUUCAGUGUAUUGAUUUUCUUGUGAAAGUUCAAGAACUGUGUUUCCUUGCAGGCUGAAACUCAUCUCAGCUCCUCAUGACCAGCUGAGCAAGAGAGAUGGGAUUUGAUGCUAUCCAAGUUCAACAAGAAAAUUGCCCUCAAAUCUUCGAUCAUUAAAUCUGUGAAGGAUGGAGCAGCCCAAGAUUUGAAAAUGUUUUAAAACUUCCAGCACCUAAUUAGAAGGAGGCAUCUUGGAGCAGCACAAUAGCUCUCUAUCUGCAGUUCAUUUGGUUUUCCAAUUUAGAAAUGACAGUUUACAGCCCUGGUGUGAGCGUGUUUCUCAUUAGCCUGUUCUAGGAACACGCAGAGUUAUUACAAGUUUUGAAAGAUGCUUUCUUCAAAAGUGCAAAUGAUACUAAACUGCGGAAUUUUCUCUCUGGAUAGCCACAUGGAGAAGCUGUGGCCUGCAACCAUCCCAAAGCUGGUGGUAAAGGCAGAGCCAGCAGCUGGACCUCAGCUUCAAAUCCGUGGAUGUCGUGGAUGCAACUGGAUGGAAAAGAUGCUGCAGCAGGAAUUAGCCUUGUCCAGGGGAGACAGUUGUGAUUUGUCCAUGCUUUCCUUGUUUCACAGAUGGAUCUCGGGUUUCUUGGGCUUUUCCCAUGAAGAUUUUCUUGGAGAGGAGUAUGUUAGCUGUGCUGCUGACAGAUAUCCUCGUGAGAACUGUCCACACUGGCUUGAUUUUCCCUCUUCAGGAGUUGGAUUCCUGGUCAGAGCUGGUUGGGUUUGUUGUCCUUGGGGUAAAUGAAGACAGAGCUGUGUGUCAGCAGAUCUCCAUAACCCCUUUAGAGGAUGACUGAUUUCUUUUGGUGUUCAGAGUCAAUAAUAAUUUCUAGCACCAUUUGAAAUCGGUUAUAGUGAUUGGGGAAUUGCACCUCGUGAAUUUUUACAGAAGAGGCUCCGGAGAGAAGCUUUAAUGGUCCUGCGUGUGAAGAUGAUCCUUGGAAUGGUUUGGAAAACCUUACGGUGCUGAGAGGGAAGAUCAAGGGAGAUGGUUUUCCCAGUGGGAAUUACCAGUGUGGACUUUGGCUCGAAGAAGAAGAACCCCACCCUGUUGGCUUAAUGAUCUGUCUGUGAGGUAUGAGGAAAUAAAAGGAGCAUCAGGAAGCCUUCCAAUCUGCAGCUCCCAUACUCUGGACAUGCUGAAAGCAAGAUCUCAUGGAGGUUUUCCCUGCCAGCCUGAGAGCUUCUUCCAUUCUCCUCUCGUAGACUCCUUACAGAGUAAGCCAUAAACAACUUGAGUCACCUCUCCAAGGGUGUUCAAUAUAUAUGAAUUCCUCUGAAAUUUCAGUUGUUCAGAGACACAGCUGGUUGGAGGCAGAGUCAGAGGUGGGUCCUGUCCCCUGUUCCAGCAGGAUCUAAUUAUCCAUGAAAACAAUCUCUGAAAGUCAUCCUUCAGUCAGCUGAUCCUUUUACAUCCAGCUUUUUUGGGAGUUGAUAAUACCAGCCAACCUACAGCAGCACAUCACACACCAACCUGCAGCAAGCCAUCCCUGUAGCAGGGGAUGUUUUCCUGGAUAUCCUGGUGCUGCAGGUGCAUCUCCUCUGGAAACAUCCAGAACUUUGGGGUUUCAAGCAGAAAAGCUGGACCAGCUGUGUCCUCCACCUGCUGCUGAGCAAGAGGAUGUUCAGUGGGUGCUGGUCAGUGUAAUGGUUACAGACCCUGGGUCAGAAGAUAGUCCCACUCAGCUCCUUGAAAAAAUAUUUUUCCUGAUGUCAUUCUCACUCUGUUGGGUCUCCAACAACUUUCCAACCACAGUCCAUGGAGAGAUGUGUGGCUGCCUACUCUGCUGCCUGGAUUGCUGGAUAUUUAAGUCCUCUUAUGUGCAUUUUCUGACUGUGCUGCUUUCUCAGCAUCAUGUCUGUCUCCCCUAGAGGAUUCUUCUCCGGAGAACCUGCCAUAGAAGCAGAUGAUCUGUCUUCAGUCAAUAAAACCAUUUUCUCUGUGUCAAAGAAGUUUUUUAAAGCCCCCUUGGCAAAAAAAAAAAAAAGGAGAGGUGAGCCUUGGGAUCGCAAAGAUUUGAGUUCAGUAUUUUGGUGCUAGUGAAAGUCACAGAUGGUUUGGGUUGGAAGGCACCUUAAAGACCAUCCAGUUCCAUCCCCCUGCCAUGGGCAAGAACACUUUCCACUGUCCCAGGUUGGACCAAGCCCUCUCCACCCUGGCCUUGGACGUUUCCAGGGAUCCAGGAGCAGCCACAGCUUCUCUGGGUAUCCUGUGCCAGGGCCUCCCCACCCUCACACGGAAGAAUUAUUCACAUACUGUUGCAGAGAAAAGUUUUUUUGGUCUCUACUUUCCCAAAGCAAUCAGUGUGUCAAGCCCUGUGUAACUCUGUCUGGAUUCCAGCCUGGAAAGCCAGACACUGACCCUGAUUUGGAGCAGCACAGCCUGGGAUGAAGUGGCUGGGAAGGCAUCAAAGGAGGAGCUGGCUGUGACAACAGUUCGCCAAGCAACACAUGGCAGAGCAUGGACAUCAAGAGGAAUAUAAGGCAGCUCCUUUAACUUCAUUGCUUCAAAUAUCAUGACUGUCAUUCUUCUAUAACAUUACUGCAUAAAAACCCAGCGGGAUUUAUUUGUAAUUGAUGAUUUUAUGUGGAAGAUACUCCAAUGCCACCGUGCGGAUUAAAUCCCAGAACAGACUGACAGCUGUAAAAUCCAAGAGCACAGGACAUCUGGGUUCUCCUCCUAUCCUUGUCUCCUGUUACCCAGAGUGGACCAGGAGGCCCUUGCAAGCCUAAGACAUCAACAAUACUUAAAAAUAUAAAGGAGAAACCUGAACCAGGAUUCUGGAAGUGCGUCCUCCUCCUGGCUCUCUGAGUGAAAUUCCCUGUUUAUGACACCGGGCAGAUUUAUGACCAGGUAUAUAUUGCACUGGGAGUCCUGAGGGAUCAGCCAAGUGUUUCUUCAGAGAGAAGAAGAAAGGAACUCUCCAGCUGCCUGUUCUGAGACUCUGCUUCAAGGGGAGCAAGAGCCCUCCACUGAAAUCCUCCCACCAUGCUGGGGCUGCUGCUGCUGCAGGUGUUGGCCAGCUGCCUCUGGCUGGGACACAGCGAGGUGGUGAAGUCCUUUGAAACUUCAUGUCCUCAGUUUUUUUUCCGGGAGAUCCCUCCAAAUGAAGCCCUGGAGCCGCAGAAACCAGCCUGGAUCUGCCAGCGCUACAAGAACCAGUAUUACUUUGCCACCCUGUAUGACAGGAAGAUGCGUAUUCCUGUCUACUCUGCUUACAUCUACCAGCCUGGACCGGGCAAAAGACCUAAAACAUGGCUGGUUGAGCCUCAGCUGAUUGGCCCAACUUAUCCCAAAACUAUGGAAAAAGAGUGGACACUCUUAAAUCAUUACAAUGUCACCUUAGAGAAACUCAGCCAGAGCCAGGCUAUCCUUCAUGACUACAAGAACCUGACGGGUCUGAACCGGGGCCAUUUGAACCCCAAUGGCCACCACGAUGACUACAGCAGCAGGAUGGCUACCUUCACCCUCACCAACAUCGUGCCCCAGGAUGAGAAACUCAACGGUGGUGCCUGGAACAACUACGAGCAGCAAACCAUGAUCAGGAGGACCCAGGGCUGUACAACCACCUAUGUCGUUGUGGGUGCUGUGCCUGGGAACAACUACAUCGCCAAGGGGAGGGUUAAUAAACCCAGCCACCUCUGGUCAGCUGCCUGCUGCGUGGUGGACAAUAACUACAUAAAGGCCUGGGCGGUCAUCGCUGAGAACGACAAGAACGAGGUUGAGCUCCUCACACUGGGAGAGCUGGAGGACACGUUAACUGAGCUCUAUGGGAGGGGACAGGUUUCCCUGUUUGACAGUGACUGUCCCCGGGAAUAAGCCUCACAUCCUGGGUGGAACAGGCUCAGGAGCUUUUGCCACAUGUCAUACAAUCACAGAAUGGUUUGGGUUUGAAGGAAUUUCAAAGACCAUCCGGGUAGUCUCAGCUCCUGAGCCAUGGGCAGGGACAUCUUCCACUAUCCUUGGUGGCUCCAAGCCCUGUCCUGUGGUAGUGAGUUUCUUUGUUAUGAAAUUGUGGUGUUAUAAGUUCAAAAUGGUUUCCUCCAGUUGUCCCCCAUACAUAUUGGUUUGUCCCUGAGAUACAUCCACCCAUUCCCCUGUCCAUCUACCUAAAGACCUACCCCUUAUUCCAGAGUCAUCCCUGCUACUCAGGGAGACCCUGCCCUCCUCCCUUGUCCAUUACAGAAACCCCACCUUUGUUUCCAGAAUCUUCUGCAUGCAUCCUGGAUCCCUCAAAUACCUAUUGGUCUCCUUGGCGUGCUCUCCUCCCCUGUUGUCUCCCAUCGGAUGUCAUGAUGUAUACGCUGCCUUGUGCCCCUCCCCGGGUGUCUCACCAUUGGUCCAAGUUUGUAUCCUCCCUAUGUUCCCUCCCCUGUACUUAAGAUGCUGUUACCCUGUCGGAACAUUGUCGCUUGUCCCUGGACUCUAUCAGAUUAAAGCCUCUUGAGAACCUAUACAAGUGAUCCCUCUCUUUUCCUUCACUCUGGACUCCUCAACUUGGGAUUCUAACAGCAGCUGCACAGAGCAGCUUUGCUGCCUCUGAGAACUAGGCAGCCCUGCUUUACUGCCACCCAGACCGUCCCAGGGGUGGACAGGGAGCAGCCACUCUUGGCACAGGCCAGGAG